AUGUCCAGCGAUAUCAUUGCCGGCGGGUCAGGGGAGACCCUCAACCGCAUGAAAACCUCAGAGAGCGUCUUCCUCCCCAUAUCGCGCGAAACCUUUGAGAAGCUGUAUCUCAGCCCGAAGCCGCCGUCCGUCGAGGGCAGUCUGCGCAAGAAACUCGGAAAUCCCACGCCGAUCUGUCUAAUGGGAUUCUUGCUCGCUGCAACACCGAAUUCGUGUGUUUUGAUGGGGUGGAGGGGGGCUGGGGGGAAUGGGGGGGCUAUCUUACCAGUGUAUAUCUUCUUUGGCGGCGUUGUGCAGCUGAUUGGAGGGAUCGGGGAGUGGGUUAUUGGGAAUACAUUCUCCUGCGCUCUGUUCUUUACAUACGGGACAUUCUGGCUCGUCCAGGGCGCAACCCUGAUGCCCUUCUUCGCAACAGGAACGAAUUACUCUCCCACCGGCAAUUCCCUCGAGGGCCAACAAACCGCCUCUUAUGCUGCUACAACAGCAUUCUACUACGUCUUCCUCGCCCUCCUCACCUUCUUCUACCUGAUCUGUUCCAUCCGGACAAAUCUAUGCCUAUUCGCCGCCCUCUUCCUCCUGGUUAUUACAUUCAGUCUGACCGCAGGCUCAUUCUUCCAACUUGCCAAUGGCGCAGAGGAGCUAGGGCAUCGGUUACAGGUGGCCGCCGGCGCAUUCAACUUCGCACUGUGCAUACCCAUCUGGCAUAUCUUCCUCACGCAGAUCCUGGAAGCCGUGGACUUUCCGGUCCGCGUUCCGGUGGGUGAUUUGAGCUCGGUUGUUCCGGGACGGAGUCAGAGGAUUAGGGCUAAGGCGAGGGAGGUGAAUGGUGAAUGA